UCCAGGUCCCUCACCUUCUAUAUAAAUCCUCCCAUCCCCUUCCUUUCUCCUCACUUUACUUUCGCAUUUUACAUUUCGCUUAAAUAUAAAUCAUUUCACGAUCAAACACAGUCGACCUUUUUGAUCACUUUUCCGAUAAUGCCGAACCGAUUCACUGGACUAGCCACACAAGACUGGGACCCAAUCGUCCUCAACAAGCCAAAGCCAAAAGCUCAGGACCUUAAGGACCCGAAAGCUGUGAACAAGGCGCUCCGCACCGGCGGUCAGGUGGAGACGGUGAAGAAACACACCGCCGGUCAGAACAAGAAGACGGCGGCGGCGCCAGUAGUGGACGCUCGGAAGCUGGACGCGGCGGCGGAACCGGCGGCGCUGGAGAGAGUGGCGACGGAGGUGAGACAGGCGAUCCAGAAAGCGAGGAUCGAGAAAAAGAUGAGUCAGGCGGAGUUGGCGAAACAGAUUAAUGAGAGGACGCAGGUUGUUCAGGAGUAUGAGAAUGGGAAAGCGGUGCCGAAUCAAAUGGUGUUGGCGAAGAUGGAGAAAGUUCUUGGUGUUAAACUGAGAGGCAAAAAUCACAAGUGAAAUGUUGUUAAAAUUGUGAUGCUUGAUUGAUGAGAAUUGAUGUAAUUAAAUAAAAAUCUGUGAUCGUAAAUUCGUAAUGCGGAUUAUAUCUGAUGUAUAUUUGCUUUUUUAUUCCAAAUAUAAUCGGGUCAAAAUUUACAUUGAA